UAGCUGAGCAACAAAAAGAGAAUGGAUGCUCGGCUUCACGAAGCAGCUCUAAAGGGGGAUGUUGAUUCCUUGACUAGAUUGCUUGAAGAAGAUUCGUUCAUUCUCAAUAGAGCAGUUAACUUUUCUGAGACCCCUUUGCACGUGGCCGCUCUCUUUGGGCACGUCGAGUUUGCGAAGGAGAUCUUAAGUAGAAAUCCAGGACUUGCCAGUGUUUUGGAUUCUGAACGAUCCUCGCCUUUGCACUUGGCAUCAGCAAAAGGGCAUGUAGAUAUGGUAAAAGAGCUCUUGAAGAUCGACCCCAAUAUGUGCCUUGUUCGUGACCAAGACGGAAGGACUCCUCUCCAUGCAGCAGCACUCAAAGGUCGGGUGAAGGUGGUGAAGGAGCUUAUUUGUGCAAAGAGAAUAGCGACUCGAGUUUUGACGGGUCGCAGGGAGCCAAUUUUGCACCUGUGUGUGAAUCAUAACCGCUUUGAGUCCGUGAAGUCGAUCUUAGAGUGUGUAGAGAAUAGCGAAGAUGAUGAGUUUGUGAAAAUGAAGGAUGAUGAUGACAACACCAUCCUUCAUCUUGCAGUUUCUAAGAAGAAUAUCCCGCUCACGAAGUUUUUGCUCCAAAAAACCAAGAUGAAGGCGGAGGUGAAUGCCUUGAACGUAGAUGGUUUCACAGCAUUCGACGUUUUAAUGCAAAACCAUAGAAAAUCGAAGGACAUAAAACUUGAAGGGAUCCUCAUAGGCGCUGGAGCUAGAAGAUCUAAAUACAUGCAUUGCAGGACAGACGAUAGAACAAUUCAACCAUUGUCUCGUUGGAAGAAUAGGUGGAAGGAUCACAUGGAUUGGUUGAAUGAGACACGGAGUGUACUAAUGGUGGUAGCGAUAUUGAUAUCUACCAUCACAUUUCAAGCUGAAAUCAACCCUCCCGGUGGGGUUUGGCAGGAUGAUAAAAUGGAUGCGCCUACACUGCUGGAUCCUAGAAACCACCCUAUAAGGGAUGUGCCUAGAAACCACACUGCAGGGGAGUCAAUCAUGGCUGAUAAAUAUCCAGACGUUUUCAUAAUUUUCACAGUUUUUAAUUCAAUAGCAUUCGUGGCAUCUUUGAUCAUAAUCAUAUUGCUGAUGAGUGGAUUCCCUCUAAAGCGACGGAUUUUUAUGCGCACCUUGAUUAUCAUUACCUGGUUGAGCGUGUCUUCACUGCUUGUUACUUAUGGGCUAGCGUAUUAUACUGUCUCCACUGGACAAAUCUGGUCAACUGAGCUUGUGAUUCGCAUUGCAUUACUAGCGUGGGUCCGAUUGAAUUGCCUAGCCUUUGCACUGAAUUUCCUCGAAUUCAUUACAACCAUCAUAUAUGCAUGUAUAUAGACAAACAAGUCACCUUCAAUGGAUGUGACCAAUGUUAAUGUUGAGUACGUUGAUGUUGAGACUCGCAUUGGACACGACUAACAUAUGUGACAUGAUAUAUAUGUAUUUGCAUUCAUGUAUAUUGCUUUUCGCUG